AUGGAACAUACUCUGCUUUGCAAUCUCAGCGGCCCGCGGAAGGCAACUUCUGUCCUCCGGCUUCGGCUGCUUCAUGUGUGGCCUGCGAAAGCGUCGGGGGAUGUCAGGGUAUACAACUGCUAUACUCUGUGGGCAGAUGAAACUGGUAUGUUGAUUCACGGCCUUUCCCCGCCUUCGAUGACCUCUGCGAUCAAGCAAUCUUAA